AUGUAUACACAUCUUUCGGGAGGUCGAGUCAACAUACAGCUGCUGCAGGAAGCUGCUGUACGUGAGUUUGUUAACAUUCUUGAUCGGUGCGAGGGUACAAAGGCUAUCAUAUGGGAUGAGUCAUUGGGCGGACCGGUCGGGCUUGUCGCAAGGUACACGUUUCUUAAGGAGCACCAUGUUACAAAAAUGUACCCAUUGCGACCGGAAGCAUGGACGGACAUCGACGUGAAAAACAUUAUCUUCAUAACACGCCCACAUCAAAUACUGAUGGAUUACAUCGCUAACAAUAUUCACGAAGAAGAACGCAAACGAAAAGGUAUCGAGUAUUUUUUGUAUUUUCUUCCCAAAAAAUCCUUUCUCUGUGAAAAGCGACUCCAAAUCAAGGGAGUGCACGGCAGCCUGUCCUACAUCGGUGAGUUUCACUGUGAGUUUUUCCCGUUUGACAAUGAUCUGCUUUCCAUGGAGCUGAAAGAUGGUUACAGAGAGAUCUACAUCGAGGGUGACACGAGUUCGCUGCAUCAGUCGGCGUGUGCGCUUGUCGCACUGCAGAAAUUAUACGGACGCAUUCCGAAGGUGUACGGCAUUGGAAGUUACGCGCAGCGCGUUUGGGAGAUUACAAAAGCACUGACCGAAGAGGAUGGGCAUAUCAUGAACAACGAGAAGGGAGUCAUCGAUCAGAUGCUCAUUAUCGAUCGAUCGACCGACUUGAUGAGUGUGUUGGCAACACAACUCACCUACGAAGGGUUGAUAGACGAGAUUUUCGGCAUCAACAAUACGACGGUGAAUCUUCCGGCGGAAAAAUUCAACACGGGUGAGGGUCUAUCGACCGAUCGAAACACCGAGAAAAGCCAGUUCAUACUGAACUCGAAGGAACAGCUGUACACGGAGCUGAGAGACAAAAAUUUUAACGCAGUGGGAGCGGUUCUGUCGCGCAUGGCCAAAUCAAUUCGAUCGCGAGCCAACGAAAAUCACGGCGAAAAAUCAAUUCAGGAAUUGAAAAAGUUCGUCGAAAGUCUACCACACAUCAAAUCCAACGAGCAAUCUCUUGCGACUCAUACCACGAUCGCCGAACUGGUACAGGAUGUGAUCUCAUCGAAUGCAUUUCUGGACGUGUUGGGGUGUGAACAGGAAUUUCUCCUCUGCUCCGAUGUGGACAAACCGAACAGCUUCGUCGAGGAUAUGAUUGCGAAGGAGGCGCCACUGCGGAAUGUGCUUCGAUUGAUAUGCAUGCAGUCGAUUGCCGGAUCUGGGCUGAAACCAAAAGUGCUAGAUUACUACAAGCGUGAGCUGGUACAAGUUUACGGAUUGAAAACGCUGCUUACACUGGGUAAUCUGGAGAAAGCGGGCCUCCUACGGCAGCAGAGCGGUUCCCGCACGUACCACGUUCUCCGCAAAACACUCAACCUUACCGCAGAAACCCCCGAAGAAGUGUCUCCAAAGGAUAUUACGUACGUGCACAGCAUCUACGCGCCGCUGUCCGUUCGCAUCGUAGAGCAACAUCUGAAACCCAACGGAUGGCAACUGUUAACGGAGAAGCUUUCCUCCCUACCGAGUCCAACGUUUGAAGAUUUUCAAGCUUCCCCCAGCUUAAGUAGUCGUCGCGGUUCAUUUACCAGCGAAAUGUCCCAAUCGGACAUCCCGCGCGUGAUCGUAGUGUUCUUCAUUGGAGGCUGCACGUUUGCGGAAAUAUCUGCGCUACGAUUCCUUGCGCAACAGGAUGAGAAUAACGUCGAGUUUGUCAUCUGCACGACAAAACUAAUCAAUAAGAACACAUUCCUAGAUGCGUUUGUUGAAAGCUAA